AUGAAAGCUGUAAAGUCACUGCUGAGCACAUUUGAUUUCAGUUUUCACCUAUACGACAAGCUCCCCCACAUCUUCCCCGAGAGCUGUCUCCUCAUCACCCUGGGGAUCCUGGUGGGCGUGACCCUGUACUACACGGAGACCGCCAGCAGCACCCAGUACACUCUGGACGCCAACACCUUCUUCCUCUUCCUCCUGCCGCCCAUCAUCUACGACGCCGGCUACCACAUGCCCAACAGGGCCUUCUUCCACAACUUGGGAACCAUCCUGUUGUUGGCGGUGGUUAAUACGUUGUGGAAUACUGUUGGGAUAGGCAUCGGUCUGUGGGGUAUGUCCUACAUUGGCUGGAUCCACAAGAAGGUCAGCAUCCUCCACGCCUUCGUCUUCGCUGCCCUCAUCUCCGCCGUCGACCCCGUGGCUGUGCUGGCCAUCUUUGAGGAGAUCCAGGUCAACGAGAUCCUGUACAUCAUCGUCUUUGGCGAGUCGCUGCUCAACGAUGGCGUCACCGUGGUUAUUUAUAGAAUGAUGGAGGGCUUUACGGAGAUCGGGGAAAGUAAUCUAGAAAUCAUCGACUUUGCCACUGGGGUUCUGCAGUUUUUCAUCGUCUGUUUGGGCGGCACGCUGAUAGGUGUCAUUUAUGGGCUCGUCGGCGCCUUCAUCACUAAAUACACGGAUCAUGUGAGAGUUAUCGAACCUUUGUUUAUAUUUGUCCUGGGUUACCUCGCCUACCUGACGUCAGAGAUCAUGGAGUUAUCUGGCAUUUUAGCCUUAACCUUUGGAGGUAUCAUCAUGAGACAUUACACCGAGGCCAACAUGACGAAGAAGUCGACGACCACAGUGAAGUACUUCAUGAAGUUGAUGGCGAACAUCUCAGAGACGAUCAUCUUCAUGUUUCUUGGACUGUCCACCGUCAUCGACUCGCACGACUGGCAGCUGGAUUUCAUCCUGUUUGCUAUUUUGUUUUGUUUGAUCUUCAGAGUAACAGGUGUUGUGUUUUUAUCGUCCAUGGUCAACCGGCGCCGUCUGAUUCGUCUGUCCCCCAUUGACCAGUUCAUCAUGUCCUACGGGGGUCUGAGGGGUGGGAUCGCCUUCUGUCUGGCCCUCCUGCUCGACCCCGGUAUGCCGGACCGUGCCAUGUUCGUCACCACCACCCUGGUCAUUGUCUUCUUCACGGUCUUUAUACAGGGUAUAACAAUCAAACCUGUUGUCAAUGCUUUAAAAGUGGAGAGGGCGGAGGAGAAGGAUCCAUCCAUGAAUGAGAUGCUUCACAAAAGGUUUAUUGAUCAUUUGAUGGCUGGAGUAGAGGACAUUGUGGGCAAAUCAGGACACAAUUCUUUGUUUCAUAAGUUUGACUACUACAAUUCCAAGUACCUGAAGCCUUGGUUGCUACGAGAGAACCCCAAGUCCCAAGACACAUAUAUUGUACGCGGGUUCACCAAACUCAACAUGCAGGACGCCAAGGCAGCGGCCAAGACUUUCCCUGGGAUUUCAAGAGACCCGUCCUUUAUUAACUUUAUGCAGCACAGCCAUUCUAUGGCCAACUUACUUAGUCGUCGGGCAACUAUUGGUGUACCAAAUGAUGUUGUGCUCAAUUUACCACCAGAGUUUGCAGUGAAUGGAGAUAACGUGGCCAUGCAGAAUGUUCUAGAGGAGUCUAUGUUCAGUCCUCGGAGUACUUGGGUGAAAGAACGCAGACACACACUGGCUGAGGUUCACAACCACCCACCCUUCAGGCACACAGAGAGGGAGCACCUGCGACAGUUCAUUAGCGACAUCCAGGGCAAGGCCAAGGUCGAGGGGGCCAGGAACGGCGUCUACGCCACCAGCACCGACCUGAAGAAAGAGAGGAGAAAAAGUUUGACAUCCACCAAUCCAGCGGCGGAUGUUAAAGUUGGGGACACGGCGGAUACAGAGGAGAGUGCCCAUGAGACAGCAUCAAAUCCAACUGAAACUUUGUCAAAGCCAAAGUCCAGAUUUCAAGUGAAAGAAACCUCUGUUCUACCGCAUGACUCUCCUACUGCGCCCGAAGUUGUCUUCACUCUCGGUAUGCCAGCCCCAGCAAAGAAAAAUAGCAAAGUUGCGAAAUCUCCAUCUCACUCACCUGCACCAGUGUUAGAUUCCUCAUCACCACACAGCAAUGGCCCCAACAAAACAUCCAGCGGCGAUACCCUGCUAGUCUCCAACCCUUCACCCACCACCAACUCCUGCUCAACCUACAUCAUCAACCCUGAGGUGUUGUCCACCAGUCCAGGGAAUGUCUCCUGCACCAAGCCUAUCAACAUUCCAAGUCCCCAGAACAACAGUUUUGUGGAGGACUCCAGCAUUCCAGAGUGCAGCAAGUCAGAGUCGGAAUGCUGCACUGGAAGCCACAAGUCAGAUAUGGAUGAGGACGACGACAGGUCAACCAAAGAGGAAACUCUAGCAGAGAGUUCCCUACCCUGGCGUCGUACUACAUCCCUGCCACCCGUGCCUUCGUCUGUUUCACUGAGUCUUCCUGAUGACGAGAACCCCCUCAUGUCUGAGGCCCCCUCGUGGGCAGACAACCUGGCAUACAGCCACCUGACUGAGACAGGAUCGCCCUAUCAGUCCCCCAACAACACCAUCACCGCGGUGCCCAAAGAACCACACCCCCGCCCUGUGUUUGAUAUCUUCCCCCCCAGCACGCCACCACACAGUGACACUGUUCUACCAUCUAUACCCCCGCCUUGGAGCUUUACCGACACCAACAAGAAUACUUUCAGCGAUGAGCCCUUGCCCAGUAUGUCUCUUAAAGCUCGGGACGCUGGAGACAAGGCUUCGUGUUUCCUGGUAUCUGCCCAUGAUCUAGUCCCCCCCUCUUACCAUUCCUGCCUUGAGCCUAACAACCAGAGGCUGGAGCCUCCUAUAUCAAGGAGACACAGUGAAGCUAGCUCACCCGUUCACUUUCAGCUGAUGGAGAAACCAGAGUCUGUGACCGCGGCUGCCAUGGAGUCGCAGUUGAUUGGGAUUGAGGAGGAUUACCACCACGGUAUGACGGACCGCGUGGCCAUGUGGCUUGCCAACCACAGCGACGUACCUUUUGAACAGGAGGAGAUACCAGUUGAACUCUGCCGCAAGGAGGAGGGCGAGCAGAUUUUAGAGUCACUUAGGAAAAAGAAACAGCAGUGGACAAUGGGUGAUACAGAUGAUGGAACAGACGCUGACGUUGAGUCUGACGAUGAUUUGCAAGACACUCGGUUGUGAUGAUAUUAGAUGUGCAAAUAUUUCAAGAUAAGGUUAAUUUUACUUGUUUUUACAAAGUAUUCAUACCUCACUUUAAGAUUUUUAAAAAGUGUAAAUUUGUGUCAUAUUUCUAAAUGCAUUUUAAAAUUUUUAAGAGGGUUAAAACAAGUUUUUAGGUGCAUACAACAGAUUAAAGUGGGAAGUACUUUGUUAAGUUAUGUUACUUGUGAUUUCUCUCCCAGCUUGUACAACAGCUUUGGUUGUAAUUAUUUAUAUCAACUGAAAUUGACACAAAGUUUAUGUGGAAUACAUUUACUAAGCAAUUAUUAUCUUUCACUUCAGGAUUCAAACACAAUUUGUUUCCAAUUUAUAGUAUAGUUCAGAUAACAUCAUGUCUGCAUUCAUGGAUGUACAUUUGUGACUUCAUCAAUUUCUUCAUCUAGUGGUUUUCUCCAGUGUUUCAUCUUUAUCAUCUUCACGUAUUGAACUGUUAGUUGAAUUGUCACUGGCUAUCUAAAGAAAAAUACAUAACCAGGCUUGUGAUAUCUAUUCAUUCUUUGUCUUCUUCAAUUUUAAUGACUGCAAAAAGCAAUUGUUCUUGUCGUUUUGAAGGUUUUAUACAUCGAUGUACUGUAAAAAUUACCAAGCAUAUCUAUGGUGGAUGGCUACAUUAAGUUGAAACUAUUUUGAAAAUAUUAACUAGUGAGAAACUUAUUUAACACUUCUGCAUUUCAACUUUAUACAUGUAUUCAUGGUUACAGCAACACGUAAUGCAAAAUUUUUUUUUAAAGCAAUGUAUCUAAUUUUUCUUUUGGUUGCUUUGUAUCUACAGAUUAUGUACACAUCUUUGUCUUUAUGCACAACUUGUCAUUAUUUAAUUACUAUUUAUAUGCAUUUUCACAUAAAAUUAGCUCAAAUCAAACAUUGUUUUUUAAAAUGUAAUUCACUAUUAAAUAUUUAUUUAUUUUGGACUUGUUCCAGCAAAAAAGUCAUUCAAUCUAGAUUAACAUUUAACUGCUGAGGACUAAUGCUUUUUAGAAACUUGAAUAACAUUUGGUACUUUCAUGGUUAAGUUUCUAUUAACAUCAUGGACAGCAUUUAAUUUAGUAAAUAUUAGUGAUUUGGAAACAACCAAAAACUGCAUGCAAUGCCUUGAAGUCAUCAGUUAUUUCCUUGUUGUGUUAGAUCUGACUAACCUGAGUGUUUUAGGGUGAAGUCUUGUCACCGUGUCACAUAACUAAUCUGAUCCCACAUCAGCCCCACCCUGCAUUUUACCACUCAAUUGCACAAUAGCACUUGGCAUUUUAUUCACACUCAUGAUUGUGUUAUUUCAUUGGUAGGCAAUCUUAAAGAUUACAUUACGACGCAGAGCUGGUCUUGGUAAAAAUGUUUUUUGUAGAUUAUAAUUAUAAGUUAGAUAUCGACAUAAAAUGAUAAAUAUUUAAGCAAAGCCCUUAAUUUCAAAUGUGGUUAACCACUAACCAUAAGUGGUUAGCUAUUUAUACCAUUAUUACUCUUAUUUUGAAAGUAGUAUUUAAAACAGCAUUUACCUAGGGCAUUUAAUUUCCAUUUUAACUACAGAACAUCGAUAGUUCUAUGAAUAAUAUCAAAGUAACUAGUAACUUUUCCAGGACUUUUCAAGCAGAAGGUAAAAAAUAUGUAACGUUUAAACUCCAUCUUAAAUAUUUAUAUCCUUGUGAUUACAUUCAAAUGGUAUUGUAAAAUAAUUGACCAGUUUGAGUUUAAGAAAAUGCUAUAUAUAUAUCAAUGCUGCUGCUAGAUUAGUAUGCAUCUUAAAUAUAUCCAUUUAACUCACUGCUUUGUGCUUAGUUUUAUCCAAGUUUUCUUCAAAUAAUUAACUCUCCAUUUUUCUUGUGAAAUCAACUGUUUAAUCUCAUGCACUAAUCCAAUAGCACAGUUUGUCUUCCAGCUUCAUAUUUUCUGCACUUGUUUUCAUUCAACUUUCUGAUUGACCUUUCACAAAAUAUUUGAAGUAUUCCUCUUGGAUUAAAUUUGCUAGUCAUUCAUUGUGAAAAGAAAUAUAAUGUGAAUGGUAUUUUCCUUGACAACAAAAUUCCAGUUGUGGUCUGUGCCCACCUAUGGUUAUGAAGAGGGGUUGGUUAACUGUAGUUAACAUCAGUGAUGUGAAAAACUAACCAGCUGGCUAAACAAAUGUUCUGUAUGCAAUGAUGAACAUUUUUUGAAAAUGCUACACAUGUGUAAAGCUAAGCCUGCAGUAAUGUUUCUUUUGCAUGUAUUUGUUUUAAACUGUUUUGAAACUGUUACAAUCACACAACACAAUCAUGUGUUGGAGGGAAAUCUUCCCAUCUAUUAUUGAACAAAUAAAUUAAAUUUUUCUAAGAUCACUUUCUUAUUUAUUAACUAAAAAGUAAUUUAUUAAGUACAUUUUUUUCCAUUAUUUCCUUUACGUACAGCAGAACUACUGCACUGUAUGAAAAUGUACAUUCUCAACAUUACUAAAUUCAAAGGUUAUGCUGAUUUUUUUUUACCUAUACAGAUGUAAUGUGUUGACAAACAAAAUUUUUACAAAUUGUAACUUUCAGUGGUUGUCUUUACCCAAGGAAUACAGGGGUACAUAUUUUUUUCCCCAUCUCAAGCCUUUUGGUGAUUAUUUUAAUCAGUUAAUAAUAAUUUCCAUGUUUGCCUUCUAAAAUAAUUGAAAAAUGCAGGCGAUUCAUUUAUUGAAAUAUUAAUUUGCAGGAAGUUUUUGAGCAAUAUUCCCAUAUAAAAUUAAUAUUGGAUUUUGUUUAUUUAAACUUUAUUUUAAAUAAAAAUAAUCGACAAGAAUCAAAGUAAAAUUUUUUUGGAACACUCGUAAUUUUUUGAAAAAUCAAUCCAUCUUGAAACCAUCAGCUUUCAAAUAAUGAUAAAUUAUAUUUGCAGAUAGUUUGACUGACUGUACUAAAUAAACCUGCUCCUCAAUCAGUGGUGUAAACCCUUGUGAAGCAACCACCAGACUUGAUCCUGGUUACUCAUAUUGACAUUACAUAUUUUAAAGUCUGUUAUUUAUUUUAACCAUAAGACAAUAAUCUCAACAUAAUAUCUUGAUUUUCUACAUAAACCAAUAACUUUUACAUACUGAGGCAUCUUCAGAACCCUUCCUGAGUUUCUAUGUGAAUUUGGAAACCAAAAUUGCAUGGAUUGAAGGAAGAUUUGUUUAUGGAAUAAAUUCAAGAUUUUAUGUUGAGACAUUUUUAUUUGGAUAAGUUGUUUUGUGUAAAUUAUAAGCAGGAGUGAAUGAACUGGUUUUCAUUUUUCUGAUAGUUUGUGUAGAAUUUUACCAGAAAAAUGUAUUAUGACUUGUUGCACUGAGAAAACAGACUGGUGAUUACUGCGUUAUGUUGAAUAUGUAAAUAUUAUUUAUCACACAGUGAAGAUCUGAGCUUGUUAGUGUAUGGAAACCUCUAGCUUUGCCUGCAGCAUAUGAAUGUGGCAUUCGUUUAAGACUGCGGUGUAUUAGUACACAACUGAUUUUUUUUCUUUCUCCUGUGGCGAUUGAAUUUGGUAGUGGGUUUGUAAUGGAUAAGUUAUGUCUGUGAAAAAUUGAUUGGUUUGAGGAAAAAGUAAUUGACAUAAACAAUUGUUAUUUUUAUUUGGCGCAUCUGUGUAAAAUGACAAAUAUUGUUUUGUGAAAGUUAUGAAGAAAUGUAAUUAUCGAUGACUGGGAUAUCAGAGCCAGAUCGAGUGUGUGUUGGAAAGGGUGAAAGUGAAUACAUUGUGACAUUUUUUUUGAGUUAUUACCACCAGAACAUGAUAUCCUUGAAAUGUAAACAGUUUUUGGCAAGACUAAAUAAACUUUGAAAAAUA